UGUUGUUAACUAAAGCAGAACAACAUCGGUUAUUUUCAUUACAAAUAUAGGUUGUUUCCUUUCCUUCUUGUUAUCGUUUGGUUAAGCGCAUCAUUACUGACGUUAGUUUCUCUAUGAAGACUCAGACAGAGUUACCCAGUUAGGUCACCAACAGCUAUCGUUGAAGUAAAGGAGAUCUCCAAGACAAUGGCGACACUUCGCUUAUUUGCAAUUUUACACCUCUGUUUAAUGCCAGUCGCCAUAUCGGCUGUCGAGUAUGUUACAGUGGACACAGAAGAAGGCUCAUUGAGGGGUCAGAUGUCCGAAACACUAACAGGCAAACCCAUGUUCAUGUUUCAAGGCAUUCCGUUCGCGGAGGCACCAGUUGAUGAUCUCCGCUUCCAGCCACCGGUGAAAAGGGCGCCUUGGACUGGUGUGAGAGACGCCCUGAAGACGCAACGCACUUGUGUACAGCUACACAGCAGCGGGAAAUCGACUGGUGGAGAGAACUGCCUGUACCUCGAUCUUUAUGGCCCAGGGACGCCAUCGCGAAACGGAACACUGAAAAGCGUUAUGGUUUUCAUCCACGGAGGAUGUUUCACAUCAGGAACGGGUUCUUCUGCGAAACCGUACUACUAUGUGGACCAGGAUGUCAUACUCGUCAACAUAAAUUAUCGACUGGGAAUUCUGGGUUUCCUAAGCACCGGAGAUGAUCUGGUCCCUGGGAACAUGGGUCUUAAGGACCAGACAGAGGCACUUCGAUGGGUGCAGAGAAACAUAGAGGCAUUUGGAGGUGAUCCACAAAAAGUAACCAUUUUCGGUCAAAGCGCUGGAGGUGCAUCCGUUCAUUACCACGUUCUAUCUCCAUUGAGCAAAGGUCUCUUCAAGAACGCCAUAGCGAUGAGUGGAGCAGCAUCAAACACUUGGGCAUUCAAAAAAAGCGCUCCAGACAGAGCGGUGCGGUUUGCCAAAUACCUAGGCUAUGAGGGUGAAAAUUCCGCUGAUCUCUUAAAUUUCCUGAAAACCGCAAAGGCCAGUGCAUUAGUGACGAACAUCACUGCUGCUCUGUCGGAAGAGGAAAGCCUAAGUUUGUUCGACUGCAUCUGGACACCCACUGCCGAACCGGAAAACGACGGUGCAUUUCUGACGGAAGAGCCGUGGACCCUUGUCGCUGAAGGCCGCUACAACCUGGUUCCUUUUAUGACUGGUGAUACUAAUAUGGAGCGACUUAAACAAACACAGAGUGGUGGUGCGUUAUAUACUGAAGAACAAGUAAGCAACUUCAACGAAAACUUCGACGAGAUUGUGGGGAUUGACAUACGACUUCCUACAAGGGAAGAACAGCUGAAGGCAGCUGCGUCCAUUAAAGAGUUCUACUACAACGGCAGUGACAUCACAGUGCAGGACAACUACACCACAUGCCUGUUGGAAACACACCGCCAUUUUGUGGAAGGAGUGGACGCUGCCGUCAGAAGCAUGGCUCGCUAUUCCUCGAACCCUGUCUACUACUACCAGUUCUCGUUCGUUGGUCCUCGCAGUACUUUUCCUCGUGGUCCAGGUGCAGCUCACAACGAUGAUGUGAAAUACAUGCAUGCAACAGAUCUGGAUCCUGAUUCGGAUGGAGGUGUAAUCCAAGCUCAGAUGACAACAAUGUGGACCAACUUCGCUAAAUAUGACAAUCCAACGCCGGAACAGACCUCCAUACUAACAGAGACGUGGAAGGAGUAUGAUGAAUCUUCACCUUACUAUCUGGAGAUAAAUGGACCUCUUAGCCUCAAAACUAACUUGUACGAACCCUACAUGACCUUUUGGCACAAGCUGUUGCCUUAAAUACCUUCUAUAUGCUACUAAUGACAACAUUUAACGAUUUGGUACGAGAUGGAAGUUGCUUAAAUAAAAAUUCCAAAAGCAGCAGUUUCAGUACACUAUUAUGUAUGAUAACGGAUAGGUGAACUGAUUUGCUAUACUGAUAUUGUAGUCCUCAGAGACAUAGAUGUUGUACAAAACUGCUAAUAUUUUUAAGUGUUGUAGCUUACCCUUUCUUAACAAGCAUUAUUAAAGAUAUAAUGAUUAUUCUGUGUGCCUCUUUUUUUUUUAAUUGUACCGUGUAUUGUGCUUACGUCUCU